AUGAGUAGAGCUCGUAUGCUGUACAACGAUACAGCACUAAACAAAAUUAUAAACAUAAAAUGGAAAGGAAAAUGGCAAGAGGAGACUGUAUUUCGAUUCAAACAAGGCCUAGGCGCGACUAUUGAGGGAAAGGUUAAAGAUAAGUUUAGAAUUUCAAUAACUGACUCCACUUCCGGUAAAACAAUCCAACACUAUACUGUGAUGAACCUUGCAUUUACCAGAGCGUAUAAACGAUCGUUUGAUAAUUCUGGGGUAGAAGUUGAACCAUGGAAGGCUGCUACAAAGAAAGUGAACACUGGUUAUUUAAUGUCUUCCUAUAAAACUGUUGAACUUGAAACGUCGGCAAUCACCCUGCAAGAUUUGCUGGUGCAUAUCAAUGUACCAGAGUUCGAUGGUCAUUUGCCGAAACUGGAACCAGAUACUGUACGGGUGUUUUGUAACGAAAACAGUUUGGGGAAUAUUGAGGUCAAUGUCGGCGAGAGUGUUCGGCUUAAAACGAAAGGAAAUGGACCUUAUAUUGAAUAUGUUGCAAGACUUGACGAAG